AUGAAAAACACCAAGGAUUGGGCUGUCUCAAUCGAUUUGUCGACUUGCACGAAAGACGGAGCUAUCGUUGAGCCACAUGGAAAUUUCCCCAUUCUUUUCACAUCGACGUUUGGAGUAUUGAUGGCGGCCGAUCACAAAGAAAUGCUUGUUGAAUGGAUUAAUGCGCUUAACAAGACGGUCCGAAAUUUGUUGGUUUGGAGUACCUCAAUAAAUCAC